AUGAGUCGGAUCCUGACACUGGCCCUCCCUGAGGCCCUUGGCGUUCUGGACACAGGACAAGUCCAGAGCCUGCAGACACCGCCCGAGGGGACCCGGGUGCAGCUCCCUUCCUCCCCCCCUCGACGCAACGAUCCAGAGGCACGCCUGGCGCUGGGCCAGAGGCUGCUGGGGCCGAUAGUGACCCCGUCCUGCGUCCACCUGCCUGAGGAGGUGCAGAUCUUAAGAGCUGCGGACAUCCGCUGGGGCCCGGAAGGGCUGCGGGCCCCCUGGAGGCUGUCUGGGCCCGGGUUGAGGUUCCAAGGUGCUCCGCAGAGCCUGAGGCGGCGGUCAUUGUCGCAUCCUCGCCGAGCGGGGUCAGGAGGCCAUGGGAGCUGCAAGCUUCAGAGCAGUAAGUACAGAGGGGAGCCAGAGUCUGCCGAGAGGACCAGUAACAGAGAUCACCGCGCAGGUUUAUGCCUUCAUGCAGGUUGGACGAGGCCCCCCCACGUGGGGAGGACUGUCUGCUGUAGUCAGGCUACAGAUUCAAGUGUUCACCCGGGAACACCCUCACCGACACACCCAGCAUACCAUCCAAGUGUCCGGGCGCCCGCCAUCCAGCCAAGCUCAAGUGUGAAAUCAAACACCUCCCUCGGUGGAGGCGGCCCGGUCUCAGUGAGUGGUGGGGCCUGGGCCAGCCCGUCGGCCUGCCCUCUUCCCGACCCGGCGAGCAGGACCUCCCUGACCACUGGCUCCUUCCAGCCGAGAGGCAGGCCCUCACUCUCCAUCGGGUACCGCCCGUGGCAACCAGAAUCCUUCCAUCCAUGGUCCCAGUUUCUAGGCCAUCUGCUUGUUUUGGCUUUGCCACUCACAGGACUACUAACUGCAGUGAGGUGCCUCUGUGCUAGGGGAAGGGCCCCCCAGCCACCGGGGGAUGGGGCCCGGAGAAGUAAAGGCAGAGGUCUGGAUCCUUCCGUCCAAGCCGCCCCGCUCUCCCCACUGGCUGCUUGAUGAAAGGUCAGGAAGCAGAACAAACUCUCCGCAGAUAUCAUCGUCAAUUGAGAUAAACAUCAAGUUUAUUGACCUAAGAGCAGGCGUACGGGCCAUCCCCACAGCCCCGGAAAACCUGAAGACGUGGUGUCGGUCCGUUUCCGGAGGCAGCAGGCUCUAGUGCCGGCGGGAGCCCUAAGUCAGGAGGGAGCACUGACCACUGAUCCUACGGUGCUGGGGGCCGAGGCGGCACCCCCAGAGCAGAGCAGAGACCGCCCGGCACAUUCUGGGGGAGGUUCGCCCGAGAGGAGAUGAUGGUUCCCGCCAGAAAUGCACCAAGGACCCGCCCGCCAGCCUGGCCUUGUCGCGGGCACCUGCAUGGCAUGUCAUCGCCGGGCGUCUCCCCUCUCCCGGCUUCUCUGCUCUGGGCGGGACUGGUGUGGACUGUUGUCUUCGAAAGAGAAGCCGCGGCAGGUGUAGACGAUGACAACAGGAUUAUCCGGGGAAAGAAGCCAAGUGUUCAGGUUGGGUGACUCUACCUGUUAAUGACCCCGCCCCCAGCUGUGGUGUUCCCGGGAAAGGUUGACGUUGGUCCCUUUUGAAGGGGGGUGGUCCUGAGCCCACCUGUCCACGCCACCCAUCCUGGCUGUGUGUCUGCCCACCCAGCUCCAUCUCCCCACCCUUCACCAGACAGAGAACCAUCCAGAGGGCCAGAAGAUCCCCUGUCCUCAAGGUCACAGCUUCCUGCUCCAAGUUCAGCAUGUUUUCACCCAAAGCCGCCACCCCAGGCUACAUGCCCACUGCUGACCACUUGCCACCAAGGCUCUCAUCCCAGGAGGGGCCCUGCCCCCUGAGAUCUUGCCCCUCCUGAGAGCAGCCCAAUGCCGCUUGCCCACUGGAGGCCCUGGCUGGGCCCUGGUCCUCCCCGGGGCCCCCCAGCGUCUGAGCCCACGUUUCCUCGUCAGUGAGUGAGUUCUGGCACAUUCUGCCUUCAGAAGUUCAUUAUAAAGAGGCAGAAAGUGAAAGUGAAGUCAUUCAGUCGUGUCCAACUCUUUGUGACCCCAUGGACUGUAGCCCACCAGGCUACUCUGUCCAUGGGACUCUCCAGGCGAGAAUACUGGAGUGGGUUGCCAUUUCCUCCUCCAGGGGAUCUUCCCAAUAGGGAUGGAACCCGGGUCUCCCGCAUUGUAGGGAGACACUUUUACCGUCUGGGCCACCAGGGAAGUCAAAAGAGGCAGAAGACACUAUCAAUAACCGAGGCACGAGGCUUGUUCAGAGAGGCUGCCCUGGUGACGGGAGGUGGAAGGACGCAGUCACUACAGCCAUCCCCGGCAUGUUGGAGGCUUCCCCCAGGACCGGCUCGCGCUCCCAGACCCCAGCCGUGCCCGGGGCUCGGGCGUGACCACACAGCGGAGGCCCUUGGAGCUGCCGUGUCCAGACACCGGGCCCCUGCCCACCAAGCCCGCGUCUCCAGCUGCAGCUCAGCUUUUGAGCCACCUGUGCGUCGACUGUCAGGCUCCCAGGCGGGAGGCCCCCCGAGCUCCUGGUGGCCGACCCCAUGACCCCAGGCUCCCCUCUGUCUGUAAGGCCUCCCGCCUCCCCAUGAGGCUCCUUCUGCUGACCAGCCCAGUCUCUCCAGGCUUCUUCUUCCCCUCCAUCCUCUAAUUUAAAAAGCCCGUGUUAAUAAAUGAACAAAUCUCAUUGUACAAAAAUUCAUAAAAUACACGUAAGAAAAAAUAA